CUGAAUGCUACUUCACAGUUCUAUAGAGUGUUGUGUUCAAAUACUGUUUGUCACGGUCUCUUUGACAUUACAAACCAGGUGACAGUCACCCUCUGUGGGAAGAUGGACCUGUCAGAAAGCGUGGAUGCAGAAAAUUCAGAUCUAUUGCAGCCUCUCCGUCUUCAGUGGUACUAUGUCUCAGAGGAAUAUGGCUUUGUGCUGCCCGAACCCCUGGGUGUUCUUCUUACAACAACUACAAAUCAAAACCUACCAUUUUCCCAAGGAAGAUCUGCCACCAUACUAUCAACCUUGGAUGGAAAUUGCCAAGAAUGUGACAGAGCUCAUCGAUUCCCAUUCACUGCGAGCAUGUGUUCAGAAGAUGCCCCUGUUGGAGACUCAUCUGCUGCAGGGCCAUCGAGAGCUGCGCUUGGCUCACCUGACUCUCAGCGUCAUGACAAUGGGUUACGUAUGGCAGGAGGGAGAGAACGAUACAGUGAAGGUGCUGCCUCGUACCCUGGCUGUGCCAUACUGGGCCGUGUCACAGAAACUGGGGCUUCCCCCCAUUCUGACUCACGCUGACGCGGUACUCGCCAACUGGAAGAAGAAGGAUCCACAGGGUGUGUUCAGUAUGGAGAACCUGGAGCUGCUUUUCACUCUCCCUGGUGGAAAAAGCGUGCAUGGGUUCUUCAUGGUCACUUUGCUUGUGGAGCUUGCUGCAGUACCCGGAAUCAGGGCCAUUCCUGAGGUUAUCAAUGGAGUCAAUCAAGGUGAUGUUACCAUGGUAACCAGGGCUCUGGAGUCCAUCAGUCUGGCCAUAGACUGCAUGAGGGAGGCUCUCAAAUUAAUGCAUGUUUACGUGGAGCCAGCUGUUUUCUAUGGCAUCAUGAGGAUAUACCUCUCAGGAUGGAAAGACAACGCGUCGAUGGAGGAUGGUCUGGUGUAUGAGGACGUGCAGGUGGAGCCGAUGGAGUUCUCUGGAGGUAGCGCUGCUCAGAGCAGUCUGCUACACUGCUUUGACGAGCUGCUUGGGGUCAAACACGAGGCCAGCAGUGGUGCCUUUCUGACGCGCAUGAGGUCACACUACAUGCCCCCGGCUCACGCGCACUUCAUCCAGGACAUCUCCCUGUCUCGGCCCUCCCUGCGGGACUUUGUGCUGGACCGGGCCAGUGAGCCUCUGACCUCUGCCUACGAGCACUGUGUGGCCAAGCUUGUGGCGCUGCGGAACUACCACAUCAACAUGGUGUCGCGUUUCAUCACCGUGCCAGCUUCCCGUGCCAAGGAACUGCGUUUGCGUGGCGAGGGCUCAGGGGAGGAGCGCAGCACCAUCGCUCAGGCGCCCACCGCCCUGGAGGAGCGGGGCACAGGCGGCUCGGGCAUCAUGAGCUUCCUGAAGACCGUGCGAGACCGGACACGGGGCGUCUCCGUCUCGCCCAGCACUCACCCCCUGGGAGCAGAGGUGGCACAGAGCAACGCCAUGGCUGGACCCGCACAGAAGGCUACAACAGAGGCCUCACUUCUCAGCAAGGUCACCUCUAAACUGUUUCUGUGACCUGGAACCAGUGGUCUCUGUUCAGCCAUGACAAAUUGGCCUGAUGCUAAUAACUACCUGCCAUACUGUUGCAUUUGGUGCCUCACCUUAGCUUUUAUUAUUACUUGCACUAAUAGCUACAAUAUUAGACAAUAUUUAUAGAUAUAUUUUGAAAAGCUGUACAAUUAUUUGCUACAAUGGUUAGUGGUACUAGAGAUGUAUUGUUAAUAGGUUAUUCCUGAAUACUUAUUUGCAGAGAUCAAUAUGUAUUUUUAGCUAAAUUGAGAUGUAGAUGUUAUACUGCAAAUAUGAAUAUUUACAUUACUGGAAUUAUAUUACAUGAAAUAGGUGCGUUACCCUCCAGAGACAUUGCUCUUUUACCAGAACCUGUUUCUUUACACAAAGGUGUCAGAUGACUCUUUUAUUCACACAUUACACUAUAAUGAAAGUUAUCAGUUCAUAUUAAAAGAGCAGAAAUCUCGAUUCAAAUUA